GAAGAAGACGAAUAAGGAACAAGAGGAACUACCGCAACGGAUGCCGGAGGUCAUGAUCCUGCAGAGCUCUGGUCGUGGCAGCAUGCGGUCUGAACCUGAAGAACACAACGGCGACAGCGAUGCAAAAAAUCCGAGUUCAUCCAUCGGUGACAGAGAGGACGAGACCAGCCGCAUCACAUCUGCAAUGAAAGCCCCACCUUCCUCUGAGCGUCUUCUCGAGGCUCUCUACUAUUCCUACAUUCACGGGCUAGUUCUUGCCGGUGGCAAGACCAAUGCGGCCUUUGAACUCUGGGAUGCCAUGCGAUGUCAGGAUUUCCUUUCGAGUCCGCGGUCCGCCGCGGUACUGCUGCAGGCCUACGCAGGGGAAGUCCGGUACUAUAGAGGAGUAAGAAAGACCGGGACGUCGAAUCAACGAUCAAGUGGCGCAAACAGUUCUCGCACGAACACUUCGUUCCAACUUAUUGGGGAAGAAGCAGCUGCAGCUACACCUACAACAACCAGAGAAGACGAAAUCUCCUCUGCGUCUGCUGCUCCCGAAAUCAGCCGGGCCAUUCGCGUUUUCUGUGCGACCGUUGGCCUGGAUAACCCCGAAGAAGAGGAUGUUGGCAUUGACUCCGCCAACACGCAUCAAGGACGAGGGCACUUCUCAAGAAGGUCAACGAAUUGCAGCCCACUUACACUGUGGCUAAACACGACCCUGAGCAUGAGUUUACCCACACUGAGAAUAAACGAAAAUCACCUGUCCCUUCUGGAGCAUUUGUUCAGUGUCCUCAGCGCGGAGAAAAUGCUGCUGAAACCCCUGGUGUGCUGCUACUUACGGUUUGUGCAAAUAGCAGGAGCGAGUUGCAGAAAUUCGGAUCGUUCCCUGUCGGGUCGCAGUCGAACGAGAAGGACUUGUGCUUCGUCAAAUGAGGUUGCUUCUGGAAGGGACAGUACCAGUCGAGCACCCCACGCCCAGAAAGCGUUCGACGUGGACUGCAAAAUUGCAACCCGGGACCUACUACCAGCGCUGGCGCGGCAUUGUGAACAGCAACAAGCGAGUACGACAUCAAGCGGGAGUAAAAAUUCUUGCGAGGACUUGCAGCAGAUGGCCAUGAAGCUGUGGCGGCUUGUGAGAGGGGUGCGGAUGAAAGAAAAUACACAGCAGCGCCAAAAAGAUUUUCUCGCGCACAAAAAGGAGGCCCACGACUACAUGGGUCCUUCCCUUGAUUCUUUGAGGCCUGUGCCUCCGGCGGCCAUUUCCCCGAUGGUGACGUCGCUCGCGUUUGCGGUGUCCUGUCUGGUGCGGUGUUUUCAGCAGCAGAAGCUGGAGAUCAUGAAGACCAACCACGAUUUCUUACAGCCCUUUGGAAAGAACAAUACGGCACAAGACGAUAACGAUAAUGCAGAUGCUCUCGAGCGCAAUCUCCGAAAAUUUUGGCAAUACGCGAGAGAAGCGGUUGCCAAGGACCUGAGCGAUUUCGACAACUCUUUCCAAAUACUGAAGCAACGCGACGAAAUGCGACGAGCGGAAAAUGAACGCCAAACCGACGACGCGCCCUUGCGUCACUUUGCGGCCUCAGCCGCGAGGCAGGCCCGAACUCGCCUGCGGGAAGGACGUGAGGACAAAGACAAUCCACGAACUGAGAGCGGUUUUCUUGGUAGCAGCGGUCGUGAAAAAGGUGGAGCCGAAAUAUCAAAGAUUGACCACCUCCGCGAUGAAGAACUGCAGGUGAGCGACAUUCUUUUGUCGUGUACUAGCGCGGACGGCACGAUGUGGUCCUCAUCUCCAUCGCGACGCAACAAGAGCAAGACUGAUGUGGUCGAGAGAAGCCUGUCAUCAACACGGUCCGCCUCAAGCUUAUUUUCUUCGCCAAAACAAGCGACCUUGUACGCCAGUGUCUGGGCGGGAGGUGGAUAUGGAUUGUAAAAAGUGUUUGGGUCUGGAAGGUUGGAACUUGUAAUGCUAGCGUUCCAUACGUAGAAAAUCUGUAUUGCAUAACCGGCAAAAGUCGCGGCCUCUUUUGUACAUGCAAAGACGCAGUUUCUCAUCCGGAUUGACUAUGAGAAAGCGUUCUGGAAAGUUGUCAUGCUGGGUUGCAUUCGGGACUGUAUCUAUCGCGCAUCACAAGUUUCCAGACCCAGGCAUAUUUGCAUUUGAUAGUGGAAGCGGUACAACUACUACACCAGUUAUUUCAACAAGGUGUCCGGUUCUAGAAGAUGAAGGGCGAGGGACGACAGUGGACAACUUUUCACGUGCAGUUGCUCGGGACGAUCUCUUUCAACACCGGUAUAAAAAUUACCCACAUGAUGGCUUCGCCUUCUCCCCGCACACCAGCAGCCAAGAUCAUUCCAUACCACGGCCAGAUGAACUCCGCGACCAGUUGCAGACCGUGAUUUUCGGGAUUUCCAGUUUGACAAACAGUCUCCUUUCGCAUUACGUGCAGAUGCAACAGAUCGAGGACGGGUUGGAAUUGCUGCUGACCUGGACGAAAAGCGGGGACUGCGUUUCGACCUUCUUUUCUUGCACGACUGGGAAAAAUGAUUCCGGGUGGACCACAAUCGGCAAAGAAGCUGCGAAUAGUAGUUGUCGUCUCCGCGAGAAGGACGAAAAGAAAGAUGAGAACAGGAUCCCCCCUAGUUGUACAACUAGUAACGUGGUCAAGAUCCCGCCGUCUCUCUUCUCCUAUCUGUGCUUUUUCCGUUAUUUUCAGAAAAACGAGAUGCUCCGUCGCUUCCAGCAGUUAUGGGAUUUAGCGACGAAAUUUUCAACCACGUUCGACGACCUCGCGGAGCUGCGAAAACUGCUGCAGAGGAAGGUGCAGGAAAUGGAAGAAGCUGCGAUGAUCAUAUGCACUGCAAAAGUUAUCUCGUACUGGGUCUGGGAGUCAUCGCAUCACAAAUUUAAGUAGUCAACAGCAUCAAAUAUGGAGUUUGUCAUGCUUAGUCACCUCAGGAACGACAACGAGCACAUGUCGUACCUUGCAUGAAGAUUGCAAGUUGGUGUACGAGUGCGAUGCUUUUGCACAGGAUAUGCGCCGAAUGGGACAGACACCCUUGGCAGGAAUCACAAGCACGUUGCCCACGGAGAACUGCAGAAGACGUCCAACCCCAGCGAGCAACAGCAAGGACCGCAACUCCGCGAUUUGAAGAAAGCUUCCCAGCGGAUUGAUCGGCUAUUCCACGAGAUCCGUGCGCUGGCUCUAGACGUGGGCGAGUUCGAUGCGGUUUUCUGCCGAGAGGUGAAAGCAAGAUUUGACAAUCUCGGAUGAGCCGCAGACUUCUUUAUCGAUGACACGAGUAUCCCACUUAAACAUCGAUGAAAUUUCUUCUACUAAGGCAUAGAUUAACUAUUGGCAAGACGAAAUAGCAGGUCAAGGACUCGCAUAAUCGCUUUGCGAAGUGUGAACUUCUACGGCAUGAAGUGCAAGCGUGGGAGGAAGGUAGAAGAAAGGCAAUGAUGUCGAUGUUCUACUGCCGUCUCUGCCUUAUUUCGACGUGUUUGAGCUUAUCUUCGCACGCCUUUCUGUGUGAAUCAAGUAUGGUAAAACGCCUCUUGUGGCCAGGAACAGAUUUUAUUUGACAAAGUUGAUAUAAAGCAAAGCUAGACUUGAAGAGGGACCACCAGCUGGGAAUCUUCAUUUUCCAUGAACGAUAUCAAAAUGAAGAAUACUAUGCAAGGAUGAGUUCCAUGUAACAUUUUGAUCCGACCGACCGAUCCGAAACUGCCCCCUUGUCUUUCCCGGAUAGGUACUAGGGUAACACGGCCCUUGAGAACUGCAGCUGUACUUACAAGUCACCCUAUUGGGGAAAUAGCACGCGCUGGCUUUUUGCCUCAAUCCCG